AUGAGUUUUGCUAUUUACAUUGGAGUCCCAAAUGAUAUUGGGCUCGGGUCCAAUCCACCAAGGGUGGACUGGCCCAUUUUCCUACAUCCUCCGUGGUGGACUUUUCCCACCACGGGACGUCAUCUUCCUCUUCCUCCUCAGGUAGAGGUCCUUCGGCCAGGUUGUCCGGUACAAAAAAAUCAAGAAGAAUUCCCUGCUUGUCCAUUGGUUCCGAAAAAUAAUCGAUCUCCUGCGCUUGUUCUGCUUCUGCUUCCUCCUCCUCUUGUUCUGCUACUACUUCCUCCUCCUCUUGUUCAGCUUCUGCUUCCUCCUCCUCCUGGUCUUCGUCUCCAUCACCACCAGUCUCAUCCCCCUCCUGUUCGUCCCUGCCGCUGCCGGCAUCGCCCGCAUCAGCGGGCGCCUCCUCCUCUGAUGGCUCCCCCUCCGGCGCCUCCUAAUCGGGCGCCUCCUCCUCCGGCGCCUCCCCCUCCUCCUCCCGCCUCCCCCUCCCCCUUCAGCACCUCCCCCUCCUCGUCCGGCUCCUCCUCAUGUUGA